UGAAUUUGAAGUUUUUAACGGACAUAAACAUAUACAAACCCCCAAAGAACACGUGUCGUUUAAUAAGUGAUUUUAAAGUUUUACAAUUAAUUUACAAACAGUUCUUUAUUGUUUAUUUUAAGAGGAGUUAUUAGAUUAGUUAAUAAUGGCCGUUUCCGCACCGUGUACUCCAAAAUUAACGUCGAAUCGUGGCUGUAAAAUCCCAGUUAGUAAUAACUUUGAAACGCCGAAAUCUGCGAAAAUUCGUGCAAGAACGAGUAAAGAAAACGACGAAAUGGGUGUAACACCGAAACGAAUGCACGGAAAUUAUAAUUCAAUUACUCAAACCCCAAAAUGUUACAAUAAAGUGAUUAUUGAAACUCCUGUUUUAAAAACACGAAGUAGUCGUGAUAAAAAUGAUGAAAUCAGUAAUUUAACGGUUGCUGUAAGGAUUAGGCCUAUGAAUGCGAGGGAGUUAUCGUAUGUAGGGUCCUCGAAUAUGGUUAGAAUUGAAGGAAAAGGGCUUGUAAUUCCUUCAAAUGCCCCUGGAAUGGGGAAUAUGAAUCAUUAUUUCGAGUACGAUCAUAUAUUUUGGUCUUGUGAUCCUAAAGAUGAAAAUUAUUCUAGUCAAGAAAGAAUUUUUAACGUAUUGGGCGAUCCUAUACUUGAUAGCGCCUUUAAAGGCUAUAAUGGAUGUUUAUUUGCUUAUGGACAAACAGGUUCUGGAAAAAGUUACAGUAUGAUGGGUGAUACGAUGUUUCAUAUUGAUGAACGUACUGGGAUUAUCCCAAGAUUUUGUCAGAGAUUGUUUGAGAAAUCAAAACACAUCACAGAACUUGAUAAUAUUAAAUCAGUCAGCAUUGAUGUUAGUUAUUUCGAGAUUUAUAAUGAAAAAAUUUAUGAUCUCUUAGCUGUUAGUACAAAAGAUACUGAAAAAACAGCGUUAAAAGUGCGCGAACAUCCGGAAUGGGGGCCUUAUGUAGUCAAUUUAAGUGUACACUCGGUUAAUUCUUAUGAGGAGUUACGAGAAUGGUUGAUUAUGGGGAAUAAAAAUCGAGCCACAGCUGCAACAGCAAUGAAUGAAAAAUCAUCAAGAUCACAUAGCAUUUUCUCAGUUGAAUUAAGCUUGUUGGAGGAUGAAGAAACUAAUUCAAGUAGAAGAAGUAAAAUUAGCUUGAUUGAUUUAGCUGGGAGUGAAAGAUUGGGAAAUUCAAGUUCAAAGGAUGAAAAAACUAAACAAGGGGUUUAUAUUAAUAAAUCAUUAUUAACUUUAGGAAAAGUUAUUUGUGCUUUAUCUGAUCACAAAAAAAAUAAUCAAUUUGUGCCGUAUCGCGAAUCAGUUUUAACUUGGUUAUUAAGAGAAAGUUUAGGCGGAAAUUCUUUAACCUCAAUGUUAGCAACAAUAUCUCCUGCUAAUUCCCAAUUAGAAGAAACCUUGGCGACUUUAAGAUACGCGUGUCAAGCUCGUUCAAUUAUAAACCGCGUCCGAGUCAAUGAAAAUUCGCACGAUCGAAUUAUAAAAGAAUUACAGGCGGAAGUUGAAAGAUUAAGGGCGUUACGACAAGAAUGCGAAAGAAGAGCCGAAUCCUCAAUUAUUUGCAUCGAUGAACUCGAAGAUUUACGACAUAAAUUACAAGAAGCCGAGGAAAAACGUGAUUCGGCUAAAGCUUAUUGGGAAAGGAGAUACAUCGAGACUACGAAACGACAACAAGAAGAAUUAGCGGAAGCGGAACGACGAAAAGAAGAGUUAGAAUCACGGUUGAGAGUUAUGCAUAAUUGCGAGAAAAAUUCCGUGGUAAUUUCGCCGUAUAAAUCGAAUUUUUUUGAAGAAUUGAAACAGAUUUUGGAUACAGAAGAGAAGGAGGCGAAAAAGAUUAUGUCAAAAGAGGAGGUUUUGACUCAAAUAACACAAGUUUUUGAUAUUUUAUCGACGUUAAAUUCUACGGUUGAUAAAAGUGAUGAUCAUGUUAAAAUUUUAUUUGCUAAAGCAAAUAAGUAUUUGCAAGCUUUUGAGAGCGCCCUUUGCAAAAGUUACAAAACGGGGAUUUCAAAGAGCGUUACUUUUAAUAUUUGACAUUAAUCUUUUUAUUAGUAAUAU